ACGUCAGUUUGAUCGCCUUCGACUGUACAGUGUGCGCAUGCCUUCCGUUGGACGACCAUACGUUGUCGGCGUUCAAGGUCGCCAUCGCCGUAGCUUGUCGCCGUUCGCAGUGGUGGCGUCCACGUUUCUUCACGGAGGCGGGAUAUCGUCSUUCCGCGUGGCRGUGUUUGCGGAGUUUUGGYGGUUGACGUGGGUUCCGSUGUCGUCGAUGGAAGAGGCGUCCGGGAUGGUUAUUGACGGCGUUGUCAGGGGUCGUGCUUUAACGACAGAUGAGAGGACGGCUAUCGCUGCGGCGGUGAAUGUCGUCCUCUAUCGUUGUCAAGUGGAAAGAACCGCGGGGAAGAUCAAAGCAGCUGCUCGCGCGCGACGGAAGGUGACGGCACUGGCGAGCAACGGUGAAGGCUUGGACCUGGGAGCACUUUCGGACGCCGUCCUCCAGGUGUGCUACGUGUUGGGGUGCGGCGCCUUUCUGAGGGCGACUCCAAGAUGGUGGAUGAAGCGGCGGAAGGGAGGAACAUGGGAGGACCUGCGCCAAAGCGACGACGCCACCGACGACUACUUCAGAGACAAGCUCCGAAUAGUGCCUUUGCAGCCGGAUCACAUCGUGGCGUACGCUCUCUAUAGGUGGGCGUCAGCGUACCUGGACAAGAUUUCGUGGCCCACUGGCUUGCAGAAGGCGGUCGUGUUGCGCGCGUUUGCAGACAAGGGAUUUCCAAAUUGCCACGGGUGCAUCGACUGCACCCACAUCUACGUGGACAAACCCGCCAACGCGAACGAGGAGGACUACUGUGAUCAGAAGAGGCGAUUCUCUGUGCAGGCGCAGGUUGUCGUCGACAUGAAUUUGCGUGCUGGACGUCUUCGUCGUGUCCGAACAAAUGGAUACUUGCUCGGUGACAACGGCUAUCCCCAGUCGGAAUGGAUUGUCGUCCCGUAUGGAGGUCUCGUGCAGCAUCCCACGGAGGCACGGUUCGACAACAAGCAAAAGACGGCGAGGGGAGCGGUAGAGAGGGCGUUUGGAAGAUUGAAGGGCAUGUGGAGGUUAUUMCUGCGCACGCACAAGUGCAACAUGGACACGUUGCCGCAACMGUUCAUCGCGGUGUGCAUCCUCCACAACAUACUGAUCGACGCAGGCAUUCCCUUCGACGACAACCUGUUGUGGGAGGUCGGUCCGGAUGGCGUCCGACGCAGGGUGGAUCCGGGCAUGCAUGCGCCGCUGCGUCCUGUUUGCAUGGAGUCGUCGACCGGGGACGCGCUCAUUUUGCGGGAUGCGUUGGCGGAGAGGAUGGGUGCGCAGUGAGGAUGGGUGGUUGUGGGAGUGGAGAGUCGAAGACGGUCGUGAUGCGGCGAGAUAUCGGAGCAUACUGAAGUGG